UGAGCAUGCGCCGGCGUCUUUCCCAAGUCAAGAGAGAUGCGUGCUUCCCGACUCAUUUUCCAGCAAAGGCUUGAAAGCUCCGAUUCUGCUUCCCACCCUCGCUGUGAACUUUCGGACAUUGACGUCCUGAAGGAUUCUCUGCAAUAUUCCACAUAUCGAGAGAGAGCAAGGCAUGUAAGCUGGACAUUUUUUCUGUUCCUUCUGGAAUCUUAAGUAACUUGUCUGGGAAGAGAGCUGAAUGGCCUUGGAAAAUUUGGCCAGACCUCUUGUGGACAUAAAGACCUGUGGAGAUCCUUAAGUCCAUUUUGGAGCUUUAUUAGAGACCAGAGAGAAGAUGGAGGGGCAAAACCCAGCAGAUGCAGAAAUUAGAAAAGGCCCCCCAGCUGCUCAGCCUUGGAGCUGUGGGAAGAAUGGGGCAAUUCCUGGACGGAGGAGCCAUGAAGAGGCAUCCAAUAGUUCAGAGGUCCAAUGCUGUCACUUCAGAAAAGUGCAGUUUCAGGAGGGGAGCCGUCCCCGAGAUGUUUGCACUCAGCUUCACUACCUUUGUCGUCAGUGGCUGCAACCAGAAAAACACACCAAGGCUCAGAUGCUGGACCUGGUGCUCCUGGAACAAUUCCUGGCUGUCCUUCCCCCAGAGAUGGCAAGAUGGGUGCGGGAGUGUGGAGCAGAGACCAGUUCCCAGGCGGUGUCCCUGGCCGAAGGCUUCUUGCUGACUCAGGAGGAGGAAAAGAGGCAAGAAGAGUUGCAGAAAUCGGUGGAAUCUGUGACUGAGUAUCCUGAGGAGAAAGAUUCAUUCAGAUCUUCUCAAGGGCUGCUCUUCAGGGAGAACUUCCAGAAAGAUCAAAGUCAAGAUGCUAUGGAAGUGAGUAGAAAGCUGUCCUUGGAGUUUUUAGAAUCCCCUCUUUGUGCUGGUGCGGAAGGAUUAACUGAACCGCUACUUCAGGAUGUUGUGUCUUUUGAGGAUGUGGCCGUGUAUUUCUCUGAGGAGGAGUGGUCUCAACUGGAUGCUGACCAAAAAAAGCUCUACAGAGAAGUCAUGCUGGAGAACUCCAGGAAUCUGUUUUCUCUGGGCUUUAAUGGGCAAGAAAAUAAGAAUUGCAAGCAGGAAUGCCAAGCGAUCCAUUCAAAAGUGGGGGGAAGGAAAUUUGAAGAUCAGAUGCAACCAGAGAGUGAUGAAACAAAGCAAUUGCAAAGUGGAAUUAACAAUGGUUUUCUUCUGGUCAGUGGGCUUCCUAACCAUACAGUGAUUUAUAUGGGAGAAAGACCGUAUAAAUCCAUGGAGUGUGGAAAGAGGUUCAAUAAAUCCGAUCAUCUCAUUUCUCAUAAAAAGACACAUUCAGAAGAGAAACCAAAUACCUGCAGGGAGUGUGGAAAGACCCUCUGUAAUAAACACUCUCUUAGAAGGCAUGAAAUGAUUCACAAAGGAGAACGACCUUGUAAAUGCAUGGAGUGUGGAAAGACCUUUACUCGUAGCAGUAGUCUUAAUAUCCACAAGAGGAUUCACACAGGAGAGAAGCCAUAUCAAUGCAUAGAGUGUGGAAAGGGUUUUAGUCAUAAAUCUACUCUUCAUUCCCACAAUUUGAUCCACACAGAGAAACUGCAUCAAUGCAUGGAGUGUGGAAAGACCUUCUGUUAUAAUCGUUCUUUAUUAGCCCAUCAAAUGAAUCACAAAGGAGAAACAGCUUAUAAAUGCAUGGAGUGUGGAAAGACUUUUAUUUGUAGCAAUUAUUUUCGUUCCCACAAAAUGAUCCAUUCAGGAGAAAGACCUUAUAAAUGUAUGGUGUGUGGAAGGAGCUUCGCUCGUAGCUGUUAUCUUAAUUCCCACAAGAGGAGCCACACAAGAGUCAUAUAAAUGUUUGCAGUGUGGAGAUGGCUUUAGAAAUAGUUGUGAUCUCACUUUCCAUAAAAGGAGCCAUACGGGAGAAAAAAACAUGAAUGCGUGGAGUGAGGAAAGAACUUUGCAAGGAGUAAAGCUCUUACUUGCCAUAGAAGUAUCCACACACAAGAGAAACUACUACUAUUGAGCUAGGUACUACAUAUACGGUACCUGUGCAUUUUUUAUUUAUUUAUUUUUUUUUGCCUAUGCACUACCUGACUCUGUGGUCUCAUCCCAAAAUCCCCAAAACUUUAACCAAAGAUUGUCUACUGUUGACCUCACCCCAUUCCUAAGAGGUCUGUAAGGGGCGUGCAUAAGAGCACAAGCGUGCCUACCGUACCUGUCCUAAUGUUCCCUUUGGUUGAAUUCAAUUUGUGUGGUUAUUUCAUGCUUAUACUUAUAUAUAUUGUUGUGUUUGACAAAAUAAAUAAAUGAAUUA